UUGAAAGCGAAUACUAUAAUAAGAACUAAAUAAUUUAAAGAUUUUAUAUCAAUAUUAAUUUAAAUAUUUAGUGUUUAAAAUGAGUGAAACAAAGUUAAAGUUACAAAUCGUCUUAAUAGUUUUAAGUAUAGUUUGGAAAGGUCUUCACGCGAUAGAUGACUCGCUGCUGUUCAGCGUGACCCGUCCUCCACGUUACUUCGGCAUUCUGCAAGAUCACCGCGGGCAGCCGCUUUCCGUUGAAGUCUCCGAGGAGUAUAUGGAUCAGGACUACAUAGCCACUAACAGGAAGAGGCAUAAGAUGAAUUGGAACAGGAACCCCAUGGACAUCGAAGACUUCGAUGACGAUGACACAGAAGAAAUCUUCGAAGACAAGGAUAAAGAUAUCAAAGUGCCCAACUUGCAGGCGGGUCCAGUGUAGAAGCGUUGUAUGUUUUAG